GAGUUUCUCGUUUCUUAAAUAAAAAUGUUUAAGAGCUAUCAACUUUCGGUAUCGCUUUACGGAGAAGUUAAUACUUGGUAAUGUGAAGCCCGUGUCUAGGGAAUAUACGAAGGUAAAAAGCACGUUUACAACUUUAUUAUUAGAGGAAAUUAUGAUUUUAGAAAUUACUAAAAUCUGUUUCCAUUACUCUGGCACUAAUUAAACCACACGUUAUGAAAUAAUUUGGCACGGAAGACCUAUUUUUUCGUACUCUAGUGGUCAUGAAACGUCGAGAAAACAUAAAAGUAGCCAGUCGUCUAGUGCCGUCUGUUCAAAUAAGCCGUACACACAACCGGGUCUUUAUCAAACCGAUUCCCCCAUAAACGAAAGCAAUAAUUAUCCCCGAUAAAAGCACAAAGCCCCUAAAAGUCUCAAAGGUCGCCAGCUUCCAGCAAACGCAGGAACAAGAAAGAAAAAGAUGUAAAUUAAAGAUAACACAGCUAUUGAAAUAAAUGCACAACUACUUUAUCAUCGCAGCCACCGUCAAACGCCGUUCCGUUUAUUCCAAUUUUCAAACAAAGAAAAAACUCCAUUAUGCAGAUCGUUUCAUUAGAAAGCUAAUGUAACCCCAAAGAGCGAAAAUAAACAAACUUCCACUUUAUGCGGCGUCAUGAAAUAAAAUAAAAUAAAUCAACACAGAUCUUGUGUAAUCAGGAUUAUGAGCAGCGUUGUGUAUAAAAGUGAUCCUUCAGUCGAGGAACGGGAUAAAGUCAACAAAUUCUGAGAAAUUCGACAAAAACUUGCGGCAAAUAUCGUGCAUAUGAGUUUCGCUGAAAGUGAACGGAUAUACAGGAAGGACCCGUGCGAGUUCUGCCUGUGUCUGGAUGGAGAGAUGUUCUGCUGGUGGCAGGACUGCCCGCCCACGAUGGAAGGGCCCUGCAGGGACCGAGGACCGUUCACCCCUUGCUUGAACAUCCCCUCGUCGUCUUCCACGUCGAAAACCCCGCUCGUCGAGCACGAAUCCUCAACCGCCGACUCCGAGCCGCCCGAGAACACCACCGACUCCUCCACGUUCACUCCGGAUGCAAACUCCACGGACGAAGCUCCAGCUACCACGCAGCAGCACCGAUUUUGCCUGGUCAUGGGGCGAAAAUACGAGAUCGGCGACAAGCUCCCCCAUGAUACCGGCAACUGCGUCGAGUGCGUCUGCGCACAAGGCGCCAAGAUCACGUGUUCCCCCCACCAGUGCGCCCCAGCCGGCGAGGAUAUAAACGACUACCGCCCGCCGGGGCCGCGCCAGCCGGAUGUCUUCUAAUGGUCGACAGACAGGAUUCGUUUUUCAUGUGAUAACUCUCGGAGGGUAGUUGUGUCUGUUUCGUUGCCAUUAAAUGCCUUUUCUUCUCUCUUCCACGUGAAUCCCAUAGCUGAACCCGACCCUGGACCCUAGUCAUAUCAGUGAAAUAGGUGGAUUUUUUAGGUUUGCACACACGUGGGGUAGGUGUCACAAGUCUAUAAGGUCUAAACACUGAAUUCUAACCUAAAUGUUUAGGUUAGAGAUGAUCUGUUGGCAGCACGUGUGUGUAAACCCGGAAAAUUUGUAAAGUAUAUAUCAAUUUGUGUCUUAUUUUGUAGUGUAGGUCUUGCAACAGUUCGUUGUGGGACCUGUAGGUGUACGUUGAGCCUAAAGGUAAACCAUUUAGGAAAUGUCAGUGGGAACCAUUAAUUAAGUGAAACCGUACGAGAGCUAGUGAUUUUAUAUUAGGAUUUUUUAUAUUAGUCAUGACCACUGGAACCAAUAACUUGUUAGUGUAGAUGAUUUGAUAACGUUAGAACUGAGAUCGGUUCUAUCUUUAUGAACCCCUUUUUGGUUGGUAAGCGAUUUUUAAAUGUGUGUCAGACGUUUUUUCUAUAAAUAAGCUUGGUUGAUUUGAUGUCGUUAGCCUAAUAUGAAAAUAUCCAAAUCAAAAUAAUGAAAAUCACAAUUUGUAAUAUUAUAAAGUGUACCUUGUAAUAUCUUAAGACUAGUGGAGAUUUUUAACAACAGUUAUUGGUCGAGAGGUGGAGGCUGUAUUGGAUAAUUUCGUGUUACGCUAGUGAAAGUAAUAACUGUUGUGAAAAAUGUAUCAGUAUUAAUACUAUAAGGAUUCAUACUUGUUAUUGUUAAGUAUGUAAUAAAAUUUUAUUAAGUUUCUUUACUGUAUAGAAAAUAAAAGAUGAAUCAACAAA